AUGAUUCGUUUAUCUUCAUUAUUUAAUCUUAAUCGUCUAUUUCAAUUAUCAUCGAUUCUUAUUUUUAACCAGUUAUUUACAUCAGAAGUAUCUACAAUGACAACAGAUAAACAAGGAAAAAUUCUUAUUAAUUUAGCUGGUGAUGUUAUGAUCGAAGCAGAAAUUAUUCAUUAUUUUCGAUCAUCUUUAAGUUCACGUUAUCCUUGGGGUGUGGGAUAUCAUUGCGGAGUGUAA